AUGACUGGCUCCACUACCAACACGCCGGCCAGGCAGCUUGGAAACUUGGACGCAGCCACAGCAACUUCAACCGCCGCUGCAAGCUCGCCCAACACGGUCGCUCCAAGGGAGCUGCUGCCGCCUGCUGCCGCCCCAGGAGAUCGCCCUGAAAUUGCACCUGCUGAAGAAGCCCAGACUGACGAUGACGGCAACUCUGUUUACGAGAGAAUUUCUUCCUACAGUGCAUCGCUGAUGUCCAGCGCAAUCAACUACCCCGUUGAAUACGGCCGUAGAUACCAUUCCUUCAGGGAAGGAGUCUAUGUGCUUCCCAACGAUAACCUAGAGAUGGAAAGACUAAAUGUUUCCCACAACAUGGUAGUCAGAGCCAUCGGAGAUAGACUUUACCUGGCUCCGUUGGAGAAGGAAAAGAUCCACAAGAUUCUGGACGUAGGAACUGGCACUGGAAUUUGGGCCAUUGAAAUGGGAGACUUUUUCCCCAAUGCGGAGGUCUUCGGUAACGACUUAAGCCCCAUCCAACCCGAAUGGGUGCCUCCAAACGUCAAGUUCUUUGUUGAAGAUGUUGAGAGUCCAUGGAUCGACGACGAGAUGUAUGAUUUUAUUUUCGUACGACACAUGUUGGUCUCAAUCGCAGACUGGCCGAAGCUCGUGAAGAACGUUUAUGAUCAUCUCAACCCCGGUGGCUGGGCUGAAUUCCAAGACAUGGAUAUUCAGUAUUACUCUGAUGAUGGCACGCUCACUGAGGAACACGAAACACGCAAGUGGAACAAGCAAUUCGUGGCAGCCUGUGAAGGGAUGGGUAGAACCGGCCGGCCAGGGCCACGGCUCAAGGACUGGGUUACGGAUGCAGGGUUUCAGCGCAUUGCCCACCAAAGGUUCAAACUCCCCAUGGGUCCGUGGCCAGCCGAUCCUCACUAUCGGGAUGUUGGGACUCUUAACUUGUACCAGCUCUUGCAUGGCUUGGAAGGGUUCACUUUGAAGCUCUUCUGUGACUACCUAGGCCAAACCAAAGAAGAGGUCUGCGUCAUGAUGGCAAAGGUCCGCAAGGAGUUGCAGGAUCCCUCACUUCAUGGGAUCUUUGACCACCAUGUAGUCUUCGCACAAAAGCCGGAGGCCAGCGACGAGGAGAAAGGCGAUGCGUAG